GGAAUACGGGAUUGCACUUAUAAUUAAAACAGUUAUUGUUCUGCUUCUUUGGUAUCAUUGAGAUCUAUCAAAACUCUCCCCCAAUUCAUAUCAUUUCUUUGUAUAUUUUUGAUUUUAUAUUUUUUAGUGUACACACUAAGUUUAGUAUAAAUUAGAAAUUAUUUUUAAUAUUAGUUUCUAGUAUUCAACUCGCUUUUUCAUCUCUACUCGUGUAUGCGUCCUAAUUUUUACGUUUAUUUUAUGUUUGUGUUGUUGUUGUGGUUAUGUCGUGUGCCAUGCCAUACCUCUACCACUCUCGUACAUACCCACCUACUACUACUACUACUACCUACUCUACCUACACAUAUUUGCCAAUUUAUGUUGUGUUUGUAAAAAUCGCUGAAGUGAUUUGGAUUCGAAUUGCAGAAAACGCAGUAAUGAGGAUUCAUUCUCCGUUAUGGAGGAGGAUUUACGCAUUUGCACAGUGCGUCCAGUCAACGAUGGCGAUCGACGAUUCUGUUUCGAAGUAAUUUCGCCAACAAAAUCGCAUAUUUUGCAAGCAGACUCUGCUGAUAUGCUAUCGCUAUGGAUUUCGGCACUACAAAAGAGCAUUGGUGCUGCCAUACAGCACGACAGUCAACAUUCCAGACCACAGUCGUCACUGGCGACGAAUGCAUUCAAUGCCAAGCGGAAAAUCCAUUGGGAGCAAUUUCUUAAAAUUCCCGGCAAUUCGCAAUGUUGUGAUUGUCGCGGCUCAGAUCCGCGCUGGGCUUCCAUCAAUCUGGGCAUUACAUUAUGCAUUGAAUGCUCCGGUGUGCAUCGCAGCCUGGGUGUGCACUACAGUAAAGUGCGUUCGCUCACCCUCGACGCUUGGGAAACGGAGAAUGUGAAAGUGAUGAUGGAAUUGGGCAACAAUGUGGUCAAUCGCAUUUAUGAGGCACGCAUUGGUGACAGUUGCGAACUGAAGGCGGCCACGGAGAAUUGCGAUAUCAGUGUGCGCGAGGCGUGGAUUAAGGCGAAAUACGUGGAGAAGCGUUUCGUUUGUGCCAUGCCGAAACCGCAAGAGCUGCUCUCGAGCGAAACUGCUGAGGUGCUAUCCAUUGAUAGCGGCGGCGGCGGCGGAGGUGGUGGUGGUGGUAUUUUCGGCAAUGGUGUUAGUGUGCUAGGUGUUGGUGAUGCUGACGAAUCGCGUAGUCUGAGCAAGACGACAACACUUUCGUUGGGUGCACGCAAAUGGGCAGUGAAAAAAUAUCGCCGUCGUCGUCAUCGCGAUCGACAUCGCUCUAGUUCGAAAUCGGAUGAUGAUGACGAAUCGAUAAAUCUUCCCUCGCUCUCGUUGAGUAUUUCACGCGAAGACUUAAUGCUAAUCGGUGAUGAUUUGGCGUUAGAAUCAGACGAAACGCCAGCCAUAUUGGGUUCGGAUCAGGAAUCUACCGAUGGUGAAAUCGAACCGGAAAUAUUGGAUGAGGUGCCCUUCUCCAAACUUGAUGCGAAUCUCAUGUUGUACAAAGCAGCUGCGGUGCAUAAUUUGCCGGUCAUGUGCAUGGCAUUUGCGCUUGGCGCCAACAAACACUGGAAGAAUCCGAACGAUCACAAUCGCACUUACUUGCAUCAGGCGGUGCUGUCGGUGAGUUUAGUUUCGAAAUAGUAUUUCAAUGCAAUAUUUUUCAUUAAAG